AUGAGUGGAGACGAUCCACAGCAACUGGUGAAGACGACAGCGGUGAGGAACGGCGAUGUCCAAGGCGAGUCCCGCGAGCCUGUAAACGGCAACUCGCUCCACCAACAGCCCCCACCCGUUUGGAUCUUGGGUGCAGCCCUUGGUCUCACCCCCUUUCAGACGCCCUUCUCAGACGGCCUGCUGCACUUUCUGGUGACCGCCAGCUGUCUUGUGCUCGGGCCUUCUUUGCGCCUGGCCUCUCUCAGCUUCCUGCCUAGAAAAAGAAACUUGGACAUAGAAUACCCGUCCUUUCCAGGAGAGCGCCCCCUGCAGUUCAGAAGAGCAGGUCACAGUUCGGUGGGGGCAGCUGCUUCCCUCUCAGAAGCCUGGCUCAGGUGUGCAGAAGGAUUUCAGGAUGCUCCUGGGACUCCGUCAUCAACAGCUGAAAAGGAGACUGUUACAGAAAAGCCCCUGGAGUUGUUUGCAAGUCCCAAGAAAGAAACUACUACGUCUAAGAGUAUCAGUGGGCUCACAGACAUAACUUGGAGUUCCAGUGGGAGUGAUCGGUCAGAUAGAGAUGAGCUACAGUUUGUCGACUGGGAGAGUGACAGUGACAGGGAAGACACCAGUGAACACGAUGAAUUUGAAGACGGCGAGAGUGCCGUGGAGAUAUCAGACUGCGCUUCCUAUGCCGGCAGCCAGUCCUCCGCAGGUGAAGAGGGGGUGUCGGAGCUUCCCAAGACAAGUUCUACCGAAAUUUUGGAGUAUUCAUCAGAUAGUGAAAGCGGAGAUGACUCAGAGAAUGUCCUGUUCAUUGAUCCAGAAUCCUCUCACAAAUACCACACGGACUUUGGAUCAGAUGGAAGACAGGUUAUGGAAAGACGGAUAAACCCGGGGGCGAAAUCUACAGAUAACAUUUUGUAUACGCCCCAGAAACAGACAAAGUUGCCCAGGACUCCUGAAAAUUCAGCAAAUAAGAAACAGCUUUCAAGAGGCGGGCUUGCAGAAAGACUCAAUGGACUGCAGAAUCGAGAGAGAUCUGCCAUUUCUUUGUGGAGACAUCAGUGUGUUUCUUACCAAAAGACACUUUCAGGUAGCAGAUCUGGUGUGUUAAUUGUGAAAAUUCUAGAGCUGCACGAAGAAUGUGCCCUUCAAGUUGCCACUUGUGAGCAGUUAGUGGGACUACCGGCUGACAGCCCUUCCCAAGGGGAGGCCUCUGGGACUGGCCUGAAGGUUCUUUUCAGCAAGGAGACUGCUCGAGAUCUCAGGGGACGUCCCCAAGAUAUCGUCCAGAUCUACCCACCCUGGCAGAAGCUUAUUAUCCCAAAUGGAAGUUGCCCUGUUAUCCUGAACACUUAUUUCUGUCAGAAAGUUGUUGCCAAAGAAGAUUCUAGAACAACACCUGAGGUGCGCUCCUGGGACACACCCCUUCCAAGAAGAAGCAUCACUUUGGCCCAGACAUUUAGAUUCGAGAGACUAACAGAUAAUUCACCUGAAAGCCAGGUUAUGUGUGGUCUCACCCCCACGAGGACAGACUGGACCCACAAGCAUGAAGAAGCCGCACGGCCCUUCUCACCUCAUGCUCCCCUGAGGGAUUCUCUCCUGGAGACGGUAGAAAGCCAAGGAGCUGGCCCGGGGUCGGGAGCUGGAUUCCCGGUGGUGGUGCAGAGAGUUUACUCUCUUCCCAGCAGGAGGCAGCAGGGAGGCGGCUCCGCUGGGGCACCCAGCUCAGACCCACCUGGCGCUCGACUCUGCCUCCUCGUGCAAGACGCCUACGGGGUGUUCGGUGAAGUGCACUUGGAGGGCCCCGUCCUCAAGGACAGAUGGCUGGAAGGGAGGCCCUGCCGCCUGGCAGGAAUGAAGGCUCUGCAGAAGGCCACCCGAGGACGGACAGCGGGGCUCUUCAGCUUGAUCGACACCAUGUGGCCUCCAGUGGUGCCUCUAAAAGCACCUGGCCACGGCCGGGCCUGUGAAGAGGUGAGAACUCCUCUGCCUCCUCCUAGCUUCUGUUAUAUUCUCACUGCUCAUCCACAUCUGGGGCAAAUUGAUAUAAUUGGAGAAGACCCUGUUUCUAAACUUUACCAGCCUCCCGCUCCUCGCUCCUUAAGAGAAAUUCUCCAGAUGGCUGAUCUCAGCACCCGUUGCAGUUUCUAUGCCAGAGUGAUUUAUCAAAGACCAUUGCUGAACAGUUUGCUUCUUCUGGAGCCAAGGGAGAUUUGGCUAACGGUGACGGAUGUCACCCUGCAGAUGCAGGAUGAAAACAGCUCUGGUUUCCCCAAAACCUUGCCAGUCUGUGUGACGCCCUCGUGUGUGCUGGGCCGAGAUGUCCUGGAAGUCCUCGCCAAGGCUGCCCCUUGUAGCUUCUUCUUCAGAGAUGCCCUCCAAGACCAGGGUCAGAUUGUGUGUGUUGAACGGACUGUCCUCUUGCUUCCAAUGCCCGUUUCAGAGGUGGCCUGUGGUGCUCACGCCUGUGAGCUGGCCAGCCCUGUGGAGCUCGACGAACUGGGUCCUGCUACUCAGGUCAACUCCAUUUGCAGCGUUCAAGGCACAGUGGUCGGCGUGGACGAGAGCACUGCCUUCUCCUGGCCCACGUGUGACCUGUGUGGCAACGAGAGAUUGGAACAGAGCCCCGAAGACAGAGGCGCCUUUUCCUGUGCGGACUGCUCCCGCGUGGUCACCGCUCCGCUCCUCAGAAGGCACCUUCAGGUCUUCCUGCACUGCCCCUCCCGACCCCAGGGCACCGUGAGGGUCAAGCUGGCACAGAGCAGCAUCUCCUCCCUCCUGAGGUUCGCCGCCUGUGAGGAUGGGAGCUACGAAGCGAGGAGUGUCAUCGGCAAGGAGGUGGGGCUGCCGAGCUGUGUUGUCCUGUCCAUAGCCACCCACCCAACACGCGGCGCUGGAUUGGAGGAGAUCGAGCUCCUGCGAGCAGGAAGCGCCUCUUAGGAUCCCCAGGCUGCAGGAACCCGGGAAGUUGACCACGUGGCCCCGAGGGUGCUGCUGGGGUUUGGGUUGUUACUUGUUAACUGUGUGCAUAGUGAAUGUAUUUUAUGAUCUUGAAAUGGAACUUAAGAUUUUUCUGGGUCACAUGUCAGUAAAAUGGUUUUGUAAACUAUAAGUCAAAAUACUGUUUUUCUGUGGUUAUAUAUAUUUUUAUUACCUCUCUGCAAACUUAGGAACAUAACUGUUAAUAGUACAUAAGCUUGAGUGAGGUCUUCAUUUUGAUUUAUCUGAGGCAAUAAUAUUGAUAUAGCAGGGAAAAAAUGUUCAAUUGCAAUUUUUAAGUGUUUUAAUUUAAAUUUACCGUGACUCA